AAAAAAAUCAACAUUCACAGAUUCGAUUGCAUGAACUCACGAGUAUCAGUGCAGACAAAACAUUACUGUUGUUGCAAGCAUUACGUACAUUUUGUCAAGGUUUGACGACACUUACCAUUACUUGGUAAACAUGAAUGCUGAAGAAUACAAGACAAAGCUCUCGGACUAUUUUUAUGGUAGUUGUGCUGGCAUCAGUGUGGCGCUGGCUAAACAGACUGGCUUGCUGGACGUAUUUUACGCCACCAAUAGUCCUUUGACGAUAUCGGAGAUCGCAGAGCGUAACAAUUCCAAAGAUCGGUAUAUCAAGGAGUUGCUUGGAUCUCUAGUCUCGGCUGGUGUGGUUGAAAUAUCGGACGAUUCUACUCAAUUCCACGUACCCGAGGAACAUAAGAAGCAUCUACAAGAGUAUUCCGUUUUGUGUGCAUUCCCUACUGCAUUCGCAGAGAGAUUUAACGCACUCACAGAGUGUUUUAAAAAAGACGGGCCCUAUGGUAUCAACUAUUCACAGAGUACGUCUGUUUGCAAAUUAAUCGGUGAAAACAAAAACUGCGAGGGUAUAAUCGAAAAUCAACUACUGCCAGCUGUUCCUGGACUGAAGGAGAAACUUGAUUCGGGGAUAGACGUGCUAGAACUAGGCUGUAACACUGGCCUAGUGCUUAUUGGUCUGGCUACACGAUUCCCAAAGUCCAGAUUUCUUGGCGGGGAUGUCGUUGAAACGUCCAUCGAAACUGGAAGAGACAUGGCGUCCUCUUUGAACCUGAAGAAUAUCGAAUUUGAAGUGCUCGACAUUAUGGACUUACCAACCGAUUUCUCGGACAAGUACGACUGGUGUUUUGUACAGGAUGUCAUACACGAUCUACCCAAACCAGACAAAGGAUUGUCGGAAUUGUACAGGUGUCUGAAACGUGGCCAAGUGUUCAGUAUGAUUGAGUGUACUGUUCCAGGAAGCAUGGCACAGCAUGCAAACAACUUGCACGCCUGCUACUACUACACUGCCAGCACAUUCAUGUGUCUUCCAUCAAGUUUCCAGCAGGCAGAUUCGGCCGCCGCGGGAGCGAUGUGGGGUGCAGACAAUGUCCGAAAGGCGCUUUACAAGGCUGGUUUCAAGAUCAUUAAUGAAACUGUUAGCGAGAGUGAUGAGUUUAUAACGCACUUCGUGUGCCAGAAAUAACGUAAUGAACCACAAGUUAGGAACUGCAACAUCUUCUUCUUCUUUAUCUUCAUUCUUCUUUUAUUCUUUUUUUUUUAACAACUUCAUUUUAAUGCUUUUAUUCAGAUACAGUUCAUACAUGAUGCCCUGGCUAUACAUUUCAGCUAUCUGGGCUGGCUGUUCAGGACAGUGGCUUAAUGGUUAAUUGUUAGUGGUUUGUGGACGAGAAGUCAGUGUAAUGGCCUUAACCAUUCAGAUUAACAUUAAGCCUUUAAAACUCAACUCUGCUCUGGAUAGGAGUCCGUACAAGAAUGCGAACCCAGUACUUACCAGGUUUAAUUCUGACGGCUUAACUCUUAAACCGUAACUCCGACGCCUGAACUGAAACAUCCUCACGUUCCUCUUUUAGAGGGCGCUCCCCAUGUGGUGUUACUUCAGGCUUGGGGUUUUUUUUCAUCUCGAUGCUAUGUGUCUGCCAUUCCUCCUUUUUUAUUACACUUUUUGUGUAGCUGUUAAAAUACUAUUUUAGAUUUUAUUUAUGUUAAAAUAUAUCCAGUAUAUUAAUUAUUAGAUCAAAUCUAUUUUUAAUAUUUAAUACAUUUUAAAUAUAUUACUUACAUCAUGGAAGAAAAUUAAUUUAAUCAAUAAUUCAUAUAUUUACAUAACAUUUGUACAUUAAUAUCCAUAUAUAAACAGUAUUUGUUUAUUAUUAAUUGUUAUAUUAUUAAGAGGUGUAAAUUCAUUGCCUUUAUAAUCUGCAAAAACAAAUCAGAAAUAUAUAAAUGUUUAUAUACAACAUUACAAAGGCCUCGCGGAAUUUCCCAUUUCUUACUUUCACAGGAUAAAGCCGAUAUCUUACGUCAUUAACUAGUUAUUAUUGUAGAAGGAAAGCUGGGGGGUUUUGGUGUGAAGACAGAAGGUCAACGAACAAAAUGUCAACAGAAUGGAUUAUUAUGGAAAAUGCUUCCUAAGUUGGAAAUGUCACUAGUCUGAAACAUAAGUUCCUUACUCAUUACAAAAUUUUGAAUAUUUAAGGAUGCUCCAUUGGUGAUUGUACACAUCAUUAGCCAGCCUAUAUUUGAUUCUAAAAAACGAGUUACUGGAAUUAAAAAAAGAAAUCCAUCACCCACGUUGUUUCCUAAUUGAGAAAAUCACAUAGACGUUUAGUGCUGGGAAAUGUAUGCAAGCGGUGUUUUGAUUGGUCAAAUAAAACGUUGUACAAGAAA